AUGUUGCACAAGAUAAUUAAUUUAACAGUGAAAGAUGUUCGGUUCCCGACGUCUCUGGAGCAGCACGGCUCAGAUGUGAUGGUAAAGGCUUAUUUAUGCACAGCCGCAUACGUGGUUCUGGACACGGACAGCGGCAUUAAAGGUUUUGGAUUGACGUUUACUCUGGGAACACGCACCGAAAUUGUGGUGUGUGCUGUGCAGGCUCUGACAGGACUGGUUGUUGGGAAAUCUUUGCAAGAGAUUGUGAGCAACUUUCGUGCGUUUUACCGCCUGCUGACGAGCGAUGGCCAGAUGAGAUGAUUGGUCCCAGAGAAAGGAGUUAUCCACCUGGCGACUGCUGCAGUUUUAAAUGCAGUGUGGGACCUGUGGGCGCGGGCGGAGGGCAAGCCACUGUGGAAGCUGCUCGUGGACAUGGAUCCGGAGCAGAUCGAGUCAUGCAUUGACUUCAGAUACAUCACCGAUGUGCUCACAGAGGAAGAAGCUCUGUACAUACUUGGUAAAGCACAGGAGGGCAAGCAGCAGAGAGAGGACCAGAUGCUGAAGGAGGGUUACCCUGCGUACACCACUUCCUGCGCUUGGCUCGGAUACUCGGACCAGAAGCUCAAGCAGCUUUGUGAAAGUGGUUGGACCAGGUUUACGGUGAAGGUUGGCGCUGAUCUGGAGGACGACAUACGAAGAUGUGGCCUCAUACGGCAAAUGUUUGGACCCAACAACACCUGGAUGAUCGAUGCUAAGCAGAGAUGGGAUGUAGCUGAAGUCAUCAGCUGUGAAUUCAAACCUCUUUGGAUCGAAGAGCCGACGUGUUCAGACGACAUCCUCGGUCAUGCUACUAUCUCUAAGGUGAGAUGGAGAUCUCUGGCGCCGCUCGGGAUCGGAGUGGCAACGGGGGAACAGUGUCACAACAGGAUUAUGUUUAAGCAGUUCCUCCAGGCGUCUGCGCUGCAGUUUGUCCAGAUAGACAGCUGUCCCGUGCUGCUGAUGGCCCACAAGUUCCAGGUGCCCGUCUGUCCUCACGCCGGAGGAGUGGGUCUGUGUGAGCUCCAGCAUCUGAUUCUCGUGUCGGCAAAUCUGAUCAACCGAAUGUGUGAAUUUGUGGACCACCUCCAUGAACACUUUACCAGUCCUGCGGUGAGGAACAGCUGCUACAAACCCCCAAAGGAUCCGGGAUAUUCCUGUGAGAUGUUGGAGUCAUCAGUGAGGAGACAUCCGUAUCCUGAAGGAGACGUGUGGAAACUGCACACCAAUAUUUAACAUUUCAAUUAAAAUAUUUACCCAUGCCAGAGUUAUAGUAAUUUUUCUAAUGAAGAGAUAUU